AUGGGUCGUCUUCACUCCAAGGGCAAGGGCAUGGCUGCCUCCGCGCUCCCCUACUCCCGCGCUCCCCCUGCGUGGCUCAAGACCACCCCCGACCAGGUUGUCGACCAGAUCUGCAAGCUGGCCAAGAAGGGUGCCACUCCUUCCCAGAUCGGUGUUGUCCUCCGUGACUCCCACGGUGUUGCUCAGGUCAAGAUUGUGACCGGUAACAAGAUCCUCCGUAUUCUCAAGUCCAGCGGCCUCGCUCCCGAGCUCCCCGAGGACCUUUACUUCCUGAUCAAGAAGGCCGUCGCUGUCCGCAAGCACCUCGAGCGCAACCGCAAGGACAAGGACUCCAAGUUCCGCCUCAUUCUGAUCGAGUCCCGUAUCCACCGUCUGUCCCGCUACUACAAGACCGUCGGUGUCCUCCCCCCCACCUGGCGCUACGAGAGCGCCACCGCUUCCACCCUUGUCGCAUAA